UUAGCCGGCGAGCUAGCUUACCUGGAGCAUUACAGCAGAUGCAACUUUUGGGAUUUUUCGAGAAUGGUUUUUGCCCUUAAUUAUAUUUUAGCCUUGUUGCAUUCACAGUGUUUUUAACAGUGUAGCGGUGUGUGUUUCUGUGUGAGAGUGAGAGAGGAUGGAGGACGACCUGGUGUGCGAGUACGACUCGACCUGGGACACCGAGAGCGACGGAGACGAUUUUGGGACAGAGAACACGACACGGCGCGCGUGUCCGGACAAAAACAAAAAAGCAAAGGCCGGCUUUUGGUCCAGUUCCUCCUCGAGAAAUCUCCGGGCAGCCAAAGACAUGCAGAACUACAGACACUGCUAUCCAAACCUCAUCGAUGAAGACUGUACAGAAGACAGGAUGCCGAAUUUAAAGUUCUAUCUGAACGAAAUAAAGUCGUCUCCUGACGACGUGUCCAUCGAGACGUUUCACAGCGAGUGGAAGUCGGACUAUAAGAGACUUGAAAGAGUUCAUUCGUACAUUCAGUGGUUGUUUCCUCUGCGUGAGCCGGGGGUGAAUUACCUGGCUACCGAGCUGACCAAGAAGGAAAUCCAGGCAUUUCGAGACAGCGAAGAGGCAAAAAGGCGCCUGGUUGAUUCCUACGAGCUCAUGCUGGGUUUUUAUGGCAUCCAGCUGAUGGACAGAGAAACUGGCGAGGUGAGACGCGCCGAGAACUGGAGGGAACGCUUCGCUAAUCUGGAGCGGAACAUGCACAACAACCUGCGGAUCACGCGCAUCCUGAAAUGUCUGGGCGAGCUCGGCUUCGAGCGUUACCAAGCUCCGCUGGUGCACUUCUUCCUGGAGGAGACGCUGGUCAAGAAGAACCUGAGCAGCGUCAAGCGCAGCGUGCUCGACUAUUUCUUGUUCGCCGUGCGCAACAAACACAAACGCCGCGAGCUGAUCAGCUACGCCUUCCAGCACUUCGAGCCCAAAGACAAGUUCGUGUGGUGUCCGAGAAGAAUCCAGAAACGCUUCAAGAAGAAAGCGGAGGCAAAGAGGCCGGACUCGCCGAGUAGAAACAAGAGAGACGAAGAGAAACGAGAGGAAGACGAGUCGACACGCCCCGAAGGUUCGUCGGUCGACCCAGAACCGAGAGAUGACGGUUCUUCGGUGGAUCCGUUACCCCUGGACAACGACGACCAUAACGGAAAUAUGGACCACUCGGGUAGCGAAACGAGCACCGUUAAAAGCGACGAAGAAGAAACCCCGAUGAAACCGGCCGAGGACGCGUCGUCUAAAUCGGAUCCGGACACGACCCAGGUCAAGGACGACGAAGAACCCAAGAACGUUUCGUCAUCUCCGAAAGGAACGGGUUUGGGAAAGCAAGUCUCUGAAAGCCCCAAACACAGCUUGAAGUCCUCGCCGCGUACCGAACGUGCGGGAAAACUCGCCAGAACCAAGGAGAACAUCGUUUUCGGAAUUUCUGAUCAUUUUAAAUCUCCAGCAGACACGAGUUCCACGAGCUCGCCGGAGAAACUCGUCCCUUUGGUCGCAAAAGACGUAGAGAAAACGAACGGCGUGGACGCGGGUGAGCUGAUGGACGUCGAGCCCAGUGGCGGGGAUUCUUUAAAAAAAAGUCUUUGAACGGAUUAGCAUGUAGACGGGGGACAAUGACUUCGGAAGAACGAACACGCAAGACAGAAUGUGAUGAACUGGAUAUUAAAAUCUGAAAAUGUGAACUCUAUUCUUCGCACAAGGGAUAAUUUAAUCAUGCUUCUCUUCGUCUGUUGAGCUAAAAGAUGUAAAUGUCGUUUUCAGAAAAGCAAGCCUACCUGUAUAUGGAGACGUUAUAUCUUGGCCUAACUGUUCCAAUUCAUUUUUUUUGCUUGUUUUUGUUAAUAAUUAAAUUAUUUGGAUUUGGGAACACGGUUAAAGCAGAAGGAACGUGUGUGUAGAAGACGAUCGCUGAACGUCAGCGGUUUCUAAGUAGCACUUUUCAACUUGGGCCUGAGAUGAAGGAAUCCGAACUGCAAUAUCUAUUCUGAUGAUUUGAAGAAGAGAAGAUUACGUAUCGUGUGACCUUGAUGACGACGCUUCAGAAUGGAUCCCGCGCACUGAACUCUGAUUCUUGUGAUUCUGCCAGUCGAAGGUUUUUUUGUUUGUUUGUUUUUUUUUUGUUUUUGUUUUUUAAAGUGCUGUAUUUAUUAUUUUUUUUUUUAUUUUACAGUUUAAGCCUCAGACAACGAUAUACAUGCAACGUGGCACUUGAAAAAAAAUAUUAAACGGGUUUUCUGACAAAGAUUUCAACCUUUUCUAAUAAUGCGAAGUGCAGAUAGUUGAGAUAAAAGGCUCGGAGACGGAGACGGUUCGUUGGAAUCAGAUAUACAGUCGCCCGGCCACUUUAUUAUGAACGCCGUACUAGUACUGGGUAAUGGUACUGGUUGCUCUUAGAAUGUCUCUGCUGACUCAAUGCCAUGUUCAUGGAAACAGCUUGAGACGACGUUUGUGGAAGUAGCCACUAUAACAUGGUUAAAUGCGCUCAGCAAUAAUAUUUACAUAGCCCGGGGCACUCACACGGGGCUCGAUUGGGGUUAUGACGCCCAACGUGUACCAAGAAAACAUUCCCUACACUAUUACACCCCCCACCCCCCGCCCCCAUCAGCCUGAACUGUUGGCAUGAGGCAGGUUGGGUUCAUGGAUUCAUGCAGUUGAAGCCAAAUUAUGACCCGAACAUCUGCAUGUUGCACCAGAUCACACCGUUCCAGUUUCGGUGAAUCCGAGCCCACGGUGGCGUCCGAUCCCUGUUUUGGCCUGACGGGAGUUGGAUCUGACGUCAACCGAACCUCGUGACCUCCUGGUUUUAUGCAUUGCUUUCCUGCCUCUUGAUUUACCUGACUGGAUCAUUGAUGAGCAAAUGGAGCUUCCUAAUAAAGUGGCUCGUGUGACCGUGUCGCCGUUCUAAGUGUUAACGAUCGCGACGUUGAAUGGUACUUGGAUCGUUUCGUUAAUUUUUGCAAUUUCCCGUUCCUCUCAGAGUCUUAUAUCUUAUCGUUUGUCAAAAUCUCAGAAGCGCUUGAAUUUUUUUUUUUUUUUGCCAAAAAAUGUUCAAAUAUAGUCCUGAAAAUGUUCGACUGGCGGUGAAACGCGAUCGGGAAGAUUUCUCUCAUCUCGUUACGGACUGAGGACGCGGAGUACUCGGUGUUAAAGGACUUUGGGGAAACAUCCCACUCUUGUGAAUGCAGCCUGAUGACCUGUUUUGGAAUGUACUAUUUCUAUUUCAUUUGUUUUUCUUUCUUUUUUUCAAAUAGAAUGAAAAUAAAAUUCAAAAGAAUUCAA